UGUGCGUGGUAAUGCUGGCUGGUCUACUGGGACUGGCGGCAGCGACGGUGACCACAGCAGAUGUAAGUGAACUUGAUCACGACGUGAAAACUCUCUCUCCAUCAGAGUCGGAGGAGAGAAUAGACGCAGCCAGGAGGCAGGAGAGACUCUUUGCUUUCCUCACCACCACCUCCGUCAAGCGCCUGGCUACCACCACCAUCACUGCACUCUCCACUUGUCUCUCUGUUGGUACUACAGCUUGCAAUGGUCGUAAGAAGAGGAACGGCUUCAGGGAAAUUGACUCGCUGGAACAAUUGGUGCCGGAGCUGACAGGAACACAGGUGGAUGAGAAGGUAGAGAUCGAUGAAGAGGGAGGUAAUGGAAACAAGAGAGGGAUGAGGGAGGUCGUGAAUAACAGGGAUGGUAAAAAACUCACAAUUUGGUCCACCUACGUCAGUACCCUCACCCUCACCUCCACCUCCUACGUUGCCGGCACUACCAUCACCGUCUCCGCUUUGUGUGUGGCGCCAGGAAUCACAGCAGGAUGCUUCGGGAAGUAGCGAGGAGCUGCUUGAGGCUGCCACAUCUCCUGCAGGUCCCUCCGCAACGAUCAUUCAACAGCAUCUAC